GCCCCAUCAACUCUCAGAGGAUACAACGGUGCGGUAAAUCGGUUCAUUCGGUUCUGCAGAAACGAGAAGAUUCACCAACGCUUCUGGCUACCGGCGGACGAGCUCGUACUUUGCGCGUUCGCGGCAUCGAGCGAAGGCCGCCAUGCAGGCAGCACCGCCAGGAACGCCCUCGCCGGGCUUAAGGCCUGGCAUUUCGCGCAGAACGCAGAAUGGAAGGGAGGCAAACGCCUCAACUACAUACUGAACGGGGUCGAGAACAGACACCCCGCCCUUUCCCAUCGACCACCCCACCUCCCCAUCAACCGGAAGAUGCUACGCAUCCUCAGGGCCGGCCUCGACCUGACGGACAGCGUCGACAUGGCCGUCUUCGCGGCCGCU